UACCAGUAUAUGAAUAUGAUCACUCUAUUUAUUUGUAUAUCUAUAUUCACAAAUACAUGGAGUAAUCAUAAUUAAUUCCACGAUCAAGUUUUAUGUUCCGAAACGAUUAAUCAGUAAUUUUUAAUUCUACGGGUAAUCAUUUUCUCUUAACUUGAAAAACUUGGAUUAAUGAACGCGAUUGUACAAGCAAGAGACGAAGGGGGGAAAUAUGUAGAGUUUUGUUGGUAUCAAUUAACGUGAGAACUUAUUUUUUCACAAGUGUUGAAGAAAAAUUAUGGAAAUUAUUACAAUGACAUAUUAUACUGUUGAACUCAAGAUUUUACAAAAUUUAGAAAAAAGUAAUAUAAUACACCGGUCCAAAUCAAAUUCAGGGUUAUGGUUAGGAUUAUUAAUGGGCACUUGUGCUCUAAUAACGUUUAUGAAGGAAGAUAGUAGUUAUUCGGAAAUAUGUUUACUUACUGGACUGACAGGAUUAGGAUUGAUUAUGAGCUGUAUUUGUUUAAUAUUACAACUUUAUAUAGAUACAUCUAGUAAAGAUUUUCAGCUAUUGUAUUUUCUACCAGCCAGUAUAACAUCAAUGUUGUAUUUACUUUGGGCAAAUAAAGAUUUAUUAGUAAGUGUAAUCUGGGGUUUAGGAGUUGGAACUUUAAGUACUUGGGGAGUAUUACAACUGAUGACUUAUUUACCGGGAUGCUUUACAUUAGGUGAAUGUAUUGUGGUAAUGCAUGGAGUUAUACUAUUUCUUCUAUCGAGUGGAGCAAAUUUAUCUUUACGAUAUCAUUUACCUCCUUUGCAUGAUGAUGACAUCGUUACAACAAUUUUACAGGUGGGCAUUCUUUACAUUGGAUUAUUAUCUAUACUUUGUGUCUUUUAUCCUAAAUUACGAUCUGCAAAGUUAUUUUAUUCAAUAACUUUUGGACUGUUGAUACUGGUGGUAAUACCUGUGUUACAUAUUUUAUUGGAUCAAAGUCCAUUAUUAUGGAUGUUUUUUUUUGUGUUCGGAAAUUUUAGGAAAAUAUUUUUGAUUAUGUAUUGGAUUGUUUGUCUGUUGAUUGGAAUUAUUAUUAUAACUCAUCAAAUAUUAUCUGAAUCAUCAGCAAGUACGAUAGAACGAAAAACUUUUCAUAUUUUAGCAGUGUUAGUAUACACUCCAGGAUUAAUAUGGGAACCAACAUUACUUUAUUUUGCAAGUGGAAUUGUUAUGAUUUUAUUCAUGAUGUUUGAGCUAAUGCGACUGAUAAACUUACCGCCACUGAAUAAAGUUUUAAAACUUGGAUUUUCAGCAUUUGUAGAUGAAAAAGAUUCAUUAAUUUCGUUAACGCCAUUAUAUCUUCAUGUUGGCUUAUCAUUUCCUUUAUGGAUGCCAUCAAGUAAUAUUGGUUUGUUACCUUUAAUUAGUGGAGUCACCGUAUUAGGAAUAGGCGAUUCAGCAGCUAGUUUCAUUGGCAGUAAAUAUGGAACACAUAAAUGGCCAGAAACAUCAAAAACAGUAGAAGGCACUAUCGCUUGUGUUCUAGGUCAGCUAUUAUUCAUUUAUGGAUUAGCAAUAAUAGGCGUCAUUCCGAGUGGAUGGGUUCUUGUUAAAAGUACUCUUGCAAUAAUUGCAGUAUCAAUUAUUGAGGCGCGAACUAAUCAAGUUGAUAAUCUUGCUUUACCUCUUCUUUUAUAUAUUUUUUUGAUAACUUAACCAUUUUUACGUUUUACAUAUAAUAAUUUGUACAUAACAAAUUCUAACACAAGUCUGAACAAAGAAGCUUGAGUGAAAUGUUCAAUUUUUAUAAAUUUUAAUACAAAACCAAUAACAAUUGAGUGAAAAAUAAUAAUAAUUAACUUUCUAUCAAGUAUCAUCUAAAAAAUUAUUGUUUUGAGUGUUUUAAGAUAUUCUUCAGUAUUGCGACGACGAAAUUUACUCAACAAUCUAACUUUUGAAGAUGAUACGGAGGAAUAAGUCAUUUAAUAUGCAUUUUCCUAUCUUUAUAUUAGAUUUUUUACAAAAAUAGUCAUUUUUUACUCAAAUCGGUAAUAACGGUUACUAUCUAUAUAGAUGAAAUAAUCAUUUACAAUAAUAAAUUAUUUUUUAUAGUAGAAAUUUAACAAAACUCAUAGACUUAAUUCUUUCUUCUU